UCGGGCUCCUGCCUGACGGGAGGGUCAACUGGAGACGCUCUACCCGAAGCGCAGCUCUCGAUGAGCCGCGCCCUGCGUCCUCACGCCGAGGCGGCGAGGCGCUGCGCCUGCGCACCCAGAGCUCACACCAUAUGUGCUCUGUCCCAGUGCGCGGGUCUGUGGAGAGCCGGGUGCGAGAGGCGUUAGCGCGAGGGGAACGGAGCUGAACGGAGACCAAAGUCGGCUGGGGGACAGUGGGUCUGUGAGAGACCGAAUAGAGGGGCCUGGGCUACGAGCGCCGCUGACACACGAUGGGGAAGAAGCAGAAAAACAAGAGCGAAGACAGUGCCAAGGAUGACAUUGAUCUUGAUGCCUUGGCUGCAGAAAUAGAAGGAGCUGGUGCUGCCAAGGAACAGGAACCUCAAAAGUCAAAGGGGAAAAAGAAAAAGGAGAAAAAAAGGCAAGACUUUGAUGAAGAUGAUAUCCUGAAAGAACUGGAAGAAUUGUCUUGGGAAGCACAAGGCAUCAAAACUGACAGAGAAAGUGCUGCAGUAAAGCCAACAGAAAAUAAUGAAGAAGAACCCACCUCAAAACAAGAUAAAAAAAAGAAAGGACAGAAGGGCAAAAAACAAAGUUUUGAUGAUAAUGAUAGUGAGGAAUGGGAAGAUAAAGAUUCGAAAUCAAAAAAGUCUGCAAAGCCAAAAGUGGAAAUGUACUCUGGGAGUGACGAUGAUGAUGGCGAUUUUAAUAAGCUUUCUAAAAAAGCUAAAGGGAAAGCUCAGAAAUCAAAUAAAAAAGGGGAUGGCUCAGAAGAUGAAGAAGGUAACACUAAGCGAAUUAAAGAGCGUUCCAGAGUAAAUUCUUCAGGUGAAAGUGGUGAUGAAUCGGAUGAAUUUUUGCAAUCUAGAAAAGGACAGAAAAAGAAUCAAAAAAAUAAGCCAGGUCCUAAUGUGGAGAGUGGGAAUGAAGAUGACGACUCCUCCUUCAAAAUUAAGACAGUGGCCCAAAAGAAGGCAGAAAAGAAAGAACGGGAAAGAAAAAAGCGAGAUGAAGAAAAAGCAAAACUGCGUAAGCUGAAAGAAAAAGAAGAGCUAGAGACUGGGAAAAAGGAUCAGAGUAAACAGUCUCAAAAGAAAUCUGAAGAAGAAGCUAUAAAAUCCAAAGUGACCCUUGAUGUUGGAAUGGUCCCUGCUUCUGAAGAGAAAGGAGAGACUGCCAUGGCUGCUGAAGAUGACAAUGAUGGAGACAAAAAGAAAAAAGAGAAGAAGAAAAAGAAAGGAGAAAAGGAAGAAAAAGAGAAGGAGAAGAAAAAAGGACCUAGCAAAGCCACAGUUAAAGCUAUGCAAGAAGCUCUGGCUAAGCUUAAAGAAGAAGAAGAACGACAGAAGAGAGAAGAGGAGGAACGCAUAAAACGACUUGAAGAGUUAGAAGCUAAACGUAAAGAAGAGGAAAGACUAGAACAAGAAAAGAGAGAAAGGAAAAAGCAAAAAGAAAAAGAAAGAAAAGAACGCUUGAAAAAAGAAGGGAAACUUUUAACUAAAUCCCAGAGAGAAGCCAGAGCCAGAGCUGAAGCUACCCUUAAACUUCUACAAGCUCAGGGUGUUGAAGUGCCAUCAAAAGACUCUUUGCCAAAGAAAAGGCCAAUUUAUGAAGAUAAGAAGAAGAAAAAAACACUACAGCAGCUAGAAAAUAAAGAAGUAUCUGAACCAAUAGAAUUAAGUGCUGCUAUAGAAGUUGUAGAACAAGGAGCACCAGAAAAGGAAGAGACCCUACCUCCUGUUGAGCCAGAAGAGGAAGAAGAAACUGAAGAUGCUGGAUUGGAUGAUUGGGAAGCUAUGGCCAGCGAUGAGGAGAGAGAAAAAGAGGAAAACACGGUGCAUAUAGAAGUAAAAGAAAACCCUGAAGAGGAGGAGGAGGAGGAAGAGGAAGAGAGUGAAGAGGAAGAGAGUGAAGAGGAAGAGGAAGAGGAAGGAGAAAGUGAAGGCAGUGAAGGUGAAGAAGAAGAUGAAAAGGUGUCAGAUGAGAAAGAAGCGGGAAAAAUGUUAGAUAAAAAAUCAAGCAAAGAAAUGAGUUCAGAAUCUGAAUACGACUCUGAUGAUGAUCGAACUAAAGAAGAAAGGGCUUAUGACAAAGCCAAAAGGAGAAUUGAGAAACGGCGACUUGAACAUAGUAAAAAUGUAGAUACAGAAAAGCUGAGAGCUCCUGUUAUUUGUGUACUUGGACAUGUGGAUACAGGGAAAACAAAAAUUCUAGAUAAACUUCGUCACACACAUGUACAAGAUGGUGAAGCAGGUGGCAUUACGCAACAAAUUGGGGCCACCAAUGUUCCUCUUGAAGCUAUUAAUGAACAGACUAAGAUGAUUAAAAAUUUUGAUAGAGAGAAUGUACGAAUUCCAGGAAUGCUGAUUAUCGAUACUCCCGGGCAUGAGUCUUUCAGUAAUCUGAGAAACAGAGGAAGCUCUCUUUGUGAUAUUGCCAUUUUAGUCGUUGAUAUUAUGCAUGGUUUGGAACCCCAAACAAUUGAAUCUAUUAACCUUCUGAAAUCUAAAAAGUGUCCCUUCAUUGUUGCACUCAAUAAGAUUGAUAGAUUGUAUGAUUGGAAAAAGAGCCCUGACUCUGAUGUGGCUGCUACUUUAAAGAAGCAGAAAAAGAAUACAAAAGAUGAAUUUGAGGAGCGAGCAAAGGCUGUUAUUGUAGAAUUUGCACAGCAGGGUUUGAAUGCAGCUUUGUUUUAUGAGAACAAGGAUCCGCGUACUUUUGUGUCCUUGGUACCUACCUCUGCACAUACUGGUGAUGGCAUGGGAAGUUUGAUCUGCCUUCUUGUCGAGUUAACUCAGACCAUGUUGAGCAAGAGACUUGCACAUUGUGAGGAGCUGAGAGCACAGGUUAUGGAGGUUAAGGCUCUCCCAGGAAUGGGCACCACCAUAGAUGUGAUACUGAUCAACGGGCGUUUGAAGGAAGGAGAUACAAUUAUUGUUCCUGGAGUAGAAGGGCCCAUUGUAACUCAGAUUCGAGGCCUCCUGUUACCUCCUCCUAUGAAGGAAUUACGAGUGAAGAACCAGUAUGAAAAGCAUAAAGAAGUAGAAGCAGCUCAGGGGGUAAAGAUUCUUGGAAAAGACCUAGAGAAGACAUUGGCUGGUUUACCCCUCCUGGUGGCUUAUAAAGAAGAUGAGAUCCCAGUUCUUAAAGAUGAGUUGAUCCAUGAGUUGAAGCAGACGCUAAAUGCUAUCAAGUUGGAAGAAAAAGGAGUCUAUGUCCAGGCAUCUACACUGGGAUCUUUGGAAGCUCUACUUGAAUUCUUGAAAACAUCAGAAGUGCCCUAUGCAGGAAUUAACAUUGGUCCAGUCCAUAAAAAAGAUGUUAUGAAGGCUUCAGUGAUGUUGGAACAUGAUCCUCAGUAUGCAGCGAUUUUGGCCUUUGAUGUGAGGAUUGAACGGGAUGCACAAGAAAUGGCUGAUAGUUUAGGAGUUAGAAUUUUUAGUGCAGAAAUUAUUUAUCAUUUAUUUGAUGCCUUUACAAAAUAUAGACAAGACUACAAGAAACAGAAACAAGAAGAAUUUAAGCACAUAGCAGUAUUUCCCUGCAAGAUAAAAAUCCUCCCCCAGUAUAUUUUUAAUUCUCGAGACCCAAUAGUGAUGGGAGUGACUGUGGAAGCCGGUCAGGUGAAACAGGGGACGCCCAUGUGUGUCCCUAGCAAAAAUUUUAUUGACAUUGGAAUAGUAACGAGUAUUGAAAUAAACCAUAAACAAGUGGAUGUUGCAAAAAAAGGACAGGAAGUCUGUGUCAAAAUAGAACCUAUCCCUGGUGAAUCUCCCAAAAUGUAUGGAAGACAUUUUGAAGCUACAGACAUUCUUGUCAGUAAGAUCAGCCGGCAGUCCAUCGAUGCCCUCAAAGACUGGUUCAGAGAUGAGAUGCAGAAGAGUGAUUGGCAGCUUAUUGUGGAGCUGAAGAAAGUAUUUGAAAUCAUCUAAUUUUUUCACAUGGGGCAGGAAUUGGACCUAAUAUGUCAUAAUACCACCAACAAAACAAGACAAAAAAAUGGAACGAUGUACCUGGACACUGCUGAACUUAAGUAUGGAAGGAAAAAAAUAGGUGUAUAAAAUGUUUUCCAUGAGAAACCAAGAAACUUACACUGGUUUGACAGUGGUCGAUUACAUGUCCCCACAGUUCCAACGUGCCUGUUCACCUGCCCACUCCUUUCCCCAACCUUCUCUACUGGCUGCUGUUUUAAAGUUUGCCCUAACCCAAAUUUGGAUUUUUAUUACAGAUCUAAAGCUCUUUCGAUUUUAUACUGAUUAAAAUCAGUACUGCAGUAUUUGAUUAACCAAGCUUCUGCAGAUUUUGUGAUUCUUGGGGCUCUUUUGAUGUAAGAAAUACUUUAUUUAUGCAUAUCCUUCCCACAGUGAUUUCCCCCCCGCAGCAUUCUUCUGCCAUAUGCCCUUAGGGAUUUUUUAAAAUAGAAAACUAGGCACUCUGCUAUUUCCUUAUCUGCUUUGUGUGAAACCAUGGUGUAAAGCCUGGCUGGCUGCUAUUUACUGCUUGUGUAGUUCUAAGAGUCCACUGUAAUCAGCACAAUUCUGAACUACCAAUAAAGAAAACAAGACAUCCACCAGUGAGCUCCGUUAGGCUUCCAUGCUAGCAUAGCUUCUCUCCAUGAGUGAGUCAUCAGCUUCGGUGUACUACCUUUGUGUACCAGCACAUGCCAACAUUAGGAUUUUCUAAGAUACACUAGAACCAAGAUUGAUAUAUAAAAAUUCUAUGAUGCAUACAUUUCCUGAUGUAACAAUUAGAAGCACUAAGCCCAAAUAGUUCCCUUCCUAAGUUGUUACACAGAUACCAUGAGUUGUUCUUCUCAGUUACUGAAGUCCACAUGAAGAUCUAUUCCCCAUGAGGAGAAAUCUGUUUGUAUGAGAUUAAUUCUUCUAACAGAUCUCUAGUAUCUGAUACCUAUUUAUAUAAAGAGCACAGUGUUACAGUCAGUGUGGGGUGUGUGUUUAAUGUUCCCAAGUGUUCACUGGCAUAGAUUUACAAACUAUUUUUGAAGUAUUACAGCAUAACAACCAUAGCAUAAAAAAAUACUUUAUAUACAUUUGAAAAUCUAUAAUUCUUCAAUACUACUGAACUAUUCUUCAAUACUACAAUUUCUCUAGGGAUGGAGACACCACCGAGCCAUCUGUGGGACCUAAUUUUCCCAGGAAAAACAAUUUAAUUAUGUGUGUGUUCUAAUUUAAAAUAUGUAAAUCCCUCCACUUGGAAGAAGUAAAGAAGGUUUUUCUUUUUUUUUUUAACAUGCUCCUGUGUUCAUGCUUGGGGACAAAAAGUGAUUAAGAUUAUUUAGAGGCUUUACCCAGAACAAGUAGAGUCCCAGUCUGGGACCUCUCGGGAAUUUCAAAGCUUAGCACAGCGCCUCUAACAGUCCUGAUUGUAGGGUUCUCAGCCUUUAAAUACAAUAUUUGCUGCCUAAAGGAUUCACAAAAAGGAGCCUGUACAAAAUAUACAUACAGUUCUUUAUUAAACAACUGUAAACACUUCACUGUAAAAAUCCAUAAAACUUUAUAAACAAACAUUUUUGUAAAUAGAAUCUAUGCUACAGUAAAAGAACACAAUUAUUUACAUGCAAUACUGACAAAUUUGGCACUUAUUGAAAAGAAAUGUACAAAACACUUGCUUAAAAAGAAAUUUAAAAUUAUAAAAACUCAGAGCAUUACUAUCAUGCACUUUGCAAAUACCUCACAAGCACUUAUGGCACAGCUAGCGGAGAGCACCCGGCUCCCUGGUAAUCUUUAUGUUACUUUUAAUGUGCUUCCGUAAGUCUGUUGUAAAACCACCUGAACAUUGUCAAGAAUAAAGUCAAAUGCCAUAUUCCAAACCGA